AUGCCCAACAGACGGAGCAGCAAGGAGGUGCCAGGCCUCCAGGAGCAGAGACCCGGGCGGUGUGAGCCCAGGGAGGCUGCAGGUCAGGCUGCAAGGAGCCGGCCAGGGAGCUUGGACCAGGCACCUGGGGCUCUGGGGCCGCUGCAGGCUUUGGGUGGUGGACGUAUGCGCCAGAGGCCAGGGGCUGGAGAGGGCACCUGGGCCAGGCAGCGGGGCUCCCGGGGCCACGGUCACACCAGGCCCCAGAGGAGAGAACUUAGCACAGCUGGCCCGUACCCCCAUGGGGACACCCAGUUCCAGGGCGGGGCUGGGCCUGAGCUACAAGAGACCUUGUGUGUCCCAGCACCUUUGACCGCCUGUGGCUCCCGGCCUCUCGGACUUUUUCCUUUUGUAGCCACCGUGCUGCUCUCAGAGGCCUGGUCUUGGCGCACGCAGCACCCCCUGUGUGUGUGUCAAAGCACGGCCCACCCUCCCCCCACCACGCCCCGCUGCACCCGCCACGCUCUAGCCUUGGACCCCUGGCACUGCGCGUGGGGCAUGCUGCUGUCUGCCAGUGAGGGUCCUAGGGGCAGGUGCGGACAGAUUCGGGGGGAUCCAGACUCUGCUGCCCCAGCUGUGGGACAGAGUGGAAAGGCCAACUGGGACACGGGCUUUGGUGUUGGGGAGAGUCACGUCAACGGUCACCCCCCUUCCUGGGCCUCGGCUCCUUCCCAUCAAAGGGGCACAGGCAUCCAGCCGGCCGGGCAGGCGGCUCAUCUCUGCAGAGCUUUCUGGACGCCCCUGCGGGAGCCGAGGGAAAGCCCACCAGUGCCUGCCCACCAGUCCUGAGAUGGGCCGUGCAGGUACCUGUUUAGGGGCUGGGCUCAGGGUCCAGCCCUGACCAGGGGUAUCCCUUUGGGUCAUGUGCCCUCUGCAAGACCCUGUUUCUUCACAUGUUCAUGACCUGGACCCCACCAAUCCGCUGCAUGGGUGGUGGCAGGAGGCAGAGCCCCUGCCAUUCCCACGGGCCGCCGCACUCCUCAUCCCUGCCAUUCGUGUCAGGGUGCGGCCAGUGGCGGGGUCCCUGCAACCUAGAAAGUCCCCGAGAGGUGGUGUUUGAUCUGAAACCUAAGGACAAAUGGGAAUUUGCUGGACAGAUGAGUGGGAGGGGUGGAGAUCUGGGAGCCCUGCUGGAC